AUUUGAUAUCGGGUUGCGCAACCCGAUAUCGAAGGCCCAUGCCAUUGACGCCACAAAUUCAUGUUCCCACUCUCCUCAUCUUCAACAUCCCAUCAGCAAUCAAAUUUCUGGUUUUUUUGAGAAAGAAAAUGGCGGUCCUUCAGUCAUCUUUCGCCAUGAAACCAAUCCAACAAUCCCUUUCAUCAUCCGUAUCUCUUUCUUCUCCUGCAAGCCUAUUCCUCGACACCAAAUUCUCCCAACUCAGGCUGUCCCCAGCAACCACCGCCAAUGUUCCCUUCAAAACGACGACGAUUCGGAUGGGUGGAGGCCCCAGGACCUAUCCAGGAGGGGUUUCCAAGUGGCAGUGGAAGCGUAUGCAAAUGAAGAAGUCCAAGCAGCUCCUUAAAGCCCGGCUGGCCCGUGAACGCCAGAUAUACGAGAUGCGCAAACGUACCGAGCUCAAAGCCGCCAUCUCCGAGCUCGAGAGGCCAUGGGAAAUGGUUGAGAAGGCACCCACUUUGUUCUCCGUCAGCGCCGAUGAACAACUGAAGGUAUUGGCUGACCGGUUCCAGAGGCCGGGAGGGUUUGAUAUGUGGUCCGAGAAAGACGGACCCGAAUUGCUCAAAUCCGAAGCUGAUCUCCCCUCAGCUAGGUUUUUCCCCAAAGGUGUUGUUCAUAGCAUUAAACCCUAUGGAAAAGUUGAGAAUAUCAGUGAUGGGUUUGAUGAUGAGAAUGAAGAUAAUAGGACAUUAGGAAGGAACAAAUCCAGCUUCGAAUGGGACACGGUCAAGACUAAUUCUUUGAACAGGAGGGAAAGAAAUGUUACUCAUUCAGGUGAGCAGAAUUCGAAGGGAAUGCCUUACAACAAUAAAAAUGAUAAGGUUAUGAAGAAUAAUUUCAGGAAAGGGAACCGGAGGAAGUAUAACACUAACUUGGAGAGAUUGAGUUCUGAUAAAGUUAAUAGUGCAAACGAAUUUAGAAGACAAAAUGGGAAAACAAAAUAUAAUCAUUCCAAAUCAGCAGUGUUUGAUAUGAGUCUGCAGAGUGAUGGAAGUUAUGAGUUUCAAACAGAGAAUUGAGCAUGUAAAUUAAGUUUUAGAUGGCUGAAAAUGUUGUUGAAAGUGAAUUAAGGGAGUCCUGGUUGUUGAAGAAUCUGCAUUAUGCUAGUUUUAUUGAACUGAGGUUAGAAGUAAUGCAGCUUUAUUUGGAUUGUGCACCAACCAAGCAAGAUGGCAAUGUUUAGAAAAUAUGAGGUACAGAUCAUCUUUGCUCCUGUAGUACUUUGUACAUUACUUUUGCUUAUUGACCUGUGAAAUAUGUAUUUUAGACUAAUGAGAAUUAUAGUUGGUAUUUAAUAUGGUUAA